UUUGUAUCAUGUAUCAUAAAUAAUAAUAAAUUAUAUUUACGUGGUAUAUAACUAUACGUGACAAAGUUAUUAUUUGCGAAUGCAACGAAUAAAAGGAAAUGUGCGUGUAGGAAUUGAGAGAGAAAGUUGAGAAUCUGAACGUUUAAUUCCGGUGAUGAGAGUGAUUUAUCGUUUGCACAGGGCCAUCGCGGGUGUAAUAACCGACGGCUUCUGCCGCUAGCUAACCAAUUUGGAUUCGUUAAUAGGUCGACCCGUAUGACCUAAAGUGUCGGCCACUCUUAAACGAAUUAAUUUAGCCACCAGUUUUUAGUGCGAAUGCGCGCAAUGUGCGCGAUUCCUCGGCCGGUGGAACAAAUUUCUGUUUACUGUCAAUUGCGACCAUUCCUAUCCGUGAGUUAUCUACAUUACUUGCAUGCAAAAUAUGCGCAAUAUCAAAGCCGAUCAGAUUCGAAUAUUUCCUCGGAAUAUAACAAUUUUUCAAUCGUAAAACCGUGUAAAAUGAAGAUGCAGUGGUUUGCUAUAAUGAUGUGCUUGUAUGCCGGAGUAGCGAGUGCCAGGACUGAAGAAGAUCAACAAGCAUCUUCGACUUCUAUCAGUGAAACUGGCGGCCUUCUAGAGCAAUGUUUCUAUCGGCCAGCCAGUGAAUGUCCCGAAGGGACUGGAUGCUCCUGCAAGAAGAUUGUUCUAGCCCACAACGAUCCUGAAGGCAAUGCUGUACUCUGUUGCAAUUUAGAUGGUCAAAACCUUAAAACAGAACUUUCUUGCACAGGAUUUCCAUCAAAUAUUUCUUAUAUACACAUAAGAAACGCGACAUUAGAUGUGUUCAAUGUAAGCGAGAUAAGGUGGAGAAGGUUGAAAUCUCUCGCAAUUACUGACGGCAGGAUUAAUAAAGUUAAGGGACAGUUUUUAAUGAUGACACCGACUGUGUGCUUGAACCUUUCGAAUAAUGCUCUCAUGGAGGUAGAAAAUAAGUCUCUCACCAGAUUGGCUCAUCUCACUGCUCUGGACUUGUCUUAUAAUAAUCUAACACAUUUGCCAGCUUUAAACACCAUUAAUGGUCGUGAAUUUUGGCUUGAUAUAUCAGGAACCAAUACACUUUGGUGUCAUGACAUUUAUCAAUACAUUAAUAAGACUGGGGAUAAGCAAAUUUAUUUUAAUCGCGAGAAUGAAACUGUAUGCUCGGCUAGUAAAACUUGGCAUUGGUUUAAUACUACGGAACAAGUUCCGUUGAAACAAGUCAGAUAUCUCAGUUUGUUACAAACUGAAUGUCCCAAGGGAGAUACUUGGCAGUGUCAAUGUAACUUCAGAAGAUUGGAUAUCGUCGAAGGUAAACCACCAACUCUGGCCGUAAACGUAGAUUGUAGCGCAAUACAAAUCACUGAAUUGCCUGAAAAAUUGCCUCGCAAUACAAUAGCGCUGAACGUAUCGUACAACAACAUCACUGCGUUAGAUGAUCUCAGUACCAACCCAUGGUACGAAGACAUAAGAGAAUUCUAUGCCGACUACAAUAACAUAUCGUCCAUAAAUAAAUUGGAAGGCUCCAAGUUUUUAGAUAAUUACGCCUUGCUUAGUUUACGGUACAAUAAAAUUAAAUCUCUUCCAACAUAUAUUUUAAGUCUAAACGCUCAUGACAAAAGUAUCAUCAGCUCGCGAUUGGUAAAACUCGGGGGAAAUGAAUUGCAUUGCGAUUGCAAUACUGCUAAAUAUCUGAAGGUGUGGCUGCAAACUCGUAUAUUGGAUUCAGACGAAGUAUUGUGCGAAAAUGUAAAGGAAAAGGUAGUCGAUUUGGAACCGUCCAAGAUGUGCGUCUAUCCCGGUGACUGGACAGAUUAUAUUUACUACAUCAUUGCCACUGAAGUUAUAUUACUCAUAAGUCUGAUUGCUAAAGUGUCUUACGAUUAUUGGGUCUUCAAAACUGCGGGCUAUCUUCCGUGGCCGGCGAAUAAAAUGCCGAAACUGCCUUGCGAUUGGCUCUGCGAGACGUAACGAUGCCUUUCUUCGUUUGUAUAUAAAAUGAGAUUUGUCUAAUUGAUCAGAAAAACAGAUUCGAGAAUUAUCUUAACGUUGAUCUAAGACUAUCGAGUCAAUAUGUGUGUUCAUUAAUCUAUAUAAAAUGUCGACCGGCUAAAUUUAAUAUAUUUCUGCGUGAAAUGCAGAUGUGAUAUUUCUAUUAAAAUUUAGAGUUACUAUUUUAAGAAUAACGAAUAGUAUAUUUUAUAACUGAAGCGUUCAGACAGGAUAUCUUAAGAAAGUACAUGUUUUUAUUUAUUCUUUUAUAUAUUAUACAAUUCUUAAAGCAUUAAAGAUUAUGGCUAAUAAUCGUUAA